AUCAACCUCGGGAUUUCUUUGAUAUAACAUUUUCUUAGACUAAAGAAAACUCUUAAUUCCAUACAUAGCAUUGUAACAUCUCUUACACUUUUCUAUGUUUAUUGUGAGCAGUUUGGCUUUUCCUUUGUGAGUCAGUGGAAGUAGACUAGGGACAGAGUACCUAGUACUAGCUAGUUUUGGCGUCUUUCACUGGCUCUACACGUAACGGUUAUAUGGUUUCCUACAUUUUUACGCAUUCACAGGAAAACACACAUUGACCAGUGUGAUUUAAUGAUAUGUUAUUGCGUUGAGUCAGGACCGCAAUGUUGGCCACCUACAUUUGACGACAAUUCCGUGGCAAAUACUGAUGUUUAAAUGGACUGGUCUUUUUAGGACAGCAACCAGGACGGCUUUCUGCACCGCCGCCGACAUGGCGAAGGCCAAGUUUUUUUACGCUGUUAGGAAGGGAUUCAAACCGGGAGUCUACAAUUCAUGGGAUGAAUGUAAGAGCCAGGUGGAGAAAUUUCCAUCUGCCUCUUUCAAGAAGUUUGCAUCAGAGAGGGAUGCCUGGGCCUUUGUCAGAGGUGUUGGACUUUCUGCAGCGCCGGAGGUAAAGAGUGUAGCUCAGAAUUUGGAGUCAGCUGUCGCUCUUCUUCCUAAAAGAGGUCCAGAGCCUCUGGAGUAUAUCCCUCUUGGUAAAAAGAGACGUCAGUCAGAUGAGGAGGCUGUGUCCCCUCCAAAACGAGUCAAACAGGCAGAAAGUUCAUCUUCAGAAAACACAGAUGGAUUCACAUACAUGGGUGAUGCUGUGGUUGUGUACACCGAUGGUUGCUGCUCAGCUAAUGGAUGUAAGGGAGCUAGAGCUGGAAUCGGGGUGUACUGGGGCCAGAACCAUCCACUAAACGCUGCAGAGCGGCUGCAGGGAAGACAAACCAACCAGCGCGCAGAAAUACAGGCAGCCUGCAAAGCACUGGAACAAGCCAAAGAGAAGAACAUCAAGAAGCUGGUCCUCUACACUGACAGCCAGUUCACCAUCAAUGGUGUGACCAAGUGGAUAAAGAACUGGAAGCUGAAUGACUGGAGGCUGAAAUCUGGAGGUCAGGUGAUCAACAAAGACGACUUUGUGAAGCUGGAUAGACUGAACGCGGAGCUGGAGGUUGUCUGGAUACACAUUCCAGGUCACGCUGGCUACAGAGGCAACGAGGAGGCUGACAGAUUGUCGAGAGAAGGAGCAGAGAAGCCGUUGCAGCAUGAAGACGAUUUCUGUUAAAGAGCUCUGCUGCAGGACUCGUUCUCUGGCUUAGCAGCUAGUCUGCUUUGAUACAGAGGUUUGUUUUCCCUCUCAACAGAUCUGUUUUUGCUUGGGGGGGGGGGGGGGACACUGUGCUUGUAAAUGUUUCUUUGAAUGUUGAUUUUAAUUUGUUUCUGGUGAGAAUAAAGUUCUAAGUUUCAGCUGUAA